UAUGAGGCCCUUGAUGUGCACGCAUGUCGUGUGAAGUGAUCUGCCGGCCUUGGCAAGUGUUUUUUGUGCGAGUUCUUCGAUAAACUUUCCGGAAUCAGAAUCAUAAAUUAAACAGUUCAAAAAAAACCUCUCGAAGAAACGCACGUAAGGGAUUUGUAUGACAUUUUUCAAUCGCUAAAUAAUUAAAAAAUGGUGGAACAACAGAAGCAAAGAAUUGAGCUAGAAUUAUCGCGCCGCGUUGAUGACUUGGAUCGCACAAUCUUGCGUAAGAUGCAGGGCGAUAUGCACGAAUGUGCAGCACGUUGUUGCAGAGAUAGCAACGCCAGCAUGGAUUCUGUACAGCGUUGCAUAGAAGCUUGCUCGACGCCAGUGCAACGUGCCCAACAGCACGUAGAAACCGAACUGGGAAAUUUCAAUAACCGACUACAACGUUGCGUCAUGGACUGCAACGAUACCAUCAAAGAAAUGGGCCCGAAACCAUCUGACGAAGAUAUUUCCAAGUACACAUCGAUGUUCGAGCGUUGCGCAAUCAAAUGCGUCGACAAACAUGUAGAUCUGUUACCCGGGCUGUUCAAGUCCAUGCAACAGGUACUAGGGAAUAAAAACUACUAAUUCUGGAUAUGUUUGCUUAUUCGCAACUUAAUUUUUAUAAAACUGGUUACCGCAAGGCAUUUCACUGUUAAAAUUGUGGAGAGAUUUUUUUGUAAUAUUAAAGUGUAUAAUACGAA